GCCGCGGGCCGUCCACGCGCCCCGCGAGGCCCCGCGCCGCUCCCCCAUUACCGUGGCACCGCCAUCGCCGCGCCAGCCGGUACGACACCACCGCGGCUGUAGAGACCCUCGGACGCGGCCCAGCCCAGGGAAAGGGCCCGGGCUGGCAUUACCAUCUCUGUUACACCUGCGCCGCCCGAAGAGCACUCCCGGAGGGACAGCGGAGCGAACUGACAUCUAGCCAUGGCCAAGGACUUAAAGAGCCUGGUGGGCGCGGGAAGCGUCCGGGAGCUGCAGCAGAAGCUGGAGAGCUGGCAGCAGAACUACGAGAUGAAUUCUGCUGGUGAAAAUCUGAGCCGAUGCUGUGAAAUACUAGAACUGAACACUGCAAUUCAAAAGCAGCUCUUCUCAAUUCUCAAUGAAACAUCUCAAGGAGAUGAAUGUGCAGCAAAAAUAAAAAGCUGUCUCCUGCCAAGCGUAUGCUGUGCUGCUUCAGGAAGUGACAACCUCACUCAGGAUUCAGCCGAAGGAGAGCUACAGCUGAGAGAUUUGGCCUGCAAACCAAAAUGUGAACUGCAAGACCUGGAGGACAAACUAAGUGAAACUUGUGUGCAGAUCAACCAGAUGGAACGAGAUCUGAAGGCUUCCCGUAUUGAACAAUGCAGCUUAAGGAGGUUACAGCAACUGGACAACUAUGAGCAGAAGAUUGAAAAAUUGCGGGAUGAGAUUGCUAUGCUGGAUUGCAGAAAGUCUGUUAUCCAGAGCAGGCUUGCACGGACCUGCUCUCCUUCGCCGUGCCGUCUGAGGCGCUGUGUCUCUCCCCCGCCGUGCCGUCUGAGGAGCUGUAUCUCUCCUCCACCGUGCCGUCUGAGGCGCUGUGUCUCUCCUCCACCGUGCCGUCUGAGGAGCUGUGUCUCUCCUCCGCCUUGCCGUUUGAGGCCCUGUGUCUCUCCUCCGCCGUGCCGUGCGAGGCCCUGCUCUCCUCCGCCGUGCCGUGCGAGGCCCUGCUCUCCUCCGCCGUGCCGUGCGAGACCCUGCUCUCCUCCGCCGUGCCCUGUGAGGCCCUGUGUCUCUCCGUGCCCUGUGAGGCCCUGUGUCUCUCCUCCGCCAUGCCGUAUGAGGCCCUGUAUCUCUCCUCCGCCGUGCCGUGUGAGGCCCUGUGUCCGUCCUCCCAAGUGCCGUGCCCUUUGCGUGAGGCCCUGCUCACCUCUCCGGUUCAGGCGGGGCAGCGCUUCACACCGCGCCUGCCUCAUAGCUCGCUUUAACUUCAUUUAUGCUAAAGAGCGCUUGGAGGCAGAGGCCGCCUUGAAGCGAUACUUCUGUGACUCGGAGACGGUGCAGAAGAUAAUAUACAUUGCAGCUGUGGAAUCUUUCCGUGCGGCAAAGACGGCCUUCUGGAAGGUCAAAAUAAAUGUAAAAGACACUUUGGCUGUAUGUCACCGAGGGGGACCUUCGUCACUUGAAGUUGCUGUCCUGGAUUAUAUAGCUUGCCACAAGGAUCUGUAUGACGUUUGUUCCAGUGUCCAUGAAGUAGUUUGCGCCAUGAACAAGAACCCAAAGCUUCCAUGUCCAGGACAAGUUGAUAUCGUCGUGAUCAGCGCUUUGAUUCGAGAGUUGUGCUGUUUGGCUUUUUCAAUGCAGACACUCAUUCCUCCUCUUGAUAUUGCCUUUGGUAUUGAUGGAGAAUGCUUCAAUAAGAACAUGUACUACCGUAGCUUUGACUCGGAUUUCACAGCUCCCUUUGUGGCCUAUCACGUGUGGCCUGCUCUGAUAGAAGAUGGUACAGUAAUUGUGAAGGGAGAGGUAGUCACUAAAAAAAUGGUUACGUGUCCUCGCAGAUGCAGAAUUAGAAGCAGAAGCUGCAGCUGUGGCCGUCCUCUGCUGUGUGGUCAAGUGCCUCGAAGCCGCAGUCUUUCAACAGUGAGAGUCAAAAGGCGCUGCUAACUGAACAUCUUCCUGCAGUGCAGUACAUCUGGAUUCAACAACUUUGCUGGUGCCAUUUCUCUUCAGAAAUACCUCAAAUCUCUCAAUAAUGCGAAUGGCAAUUGUCACUCCAAAUA